CGUAUUUAAGUCUUUAUUUUGUUUUAGAUUCUAAAAAAUAGUAUGGCUGCCCCAUCUUAUGGUGGUACUUAUCCAGGAAUCUAUCCUGGCUUUUUAAAUGAUGUUCUUGUUACCAGGGUGGAGAUACAUGUGUCAUGCAGUAAGUUAAGUGACAAAGAUUUGUUAUCAAAAUCUGAUCCUAUGGUUGUAAUGUUUACUGAAAUAAGAGAUCAACAUAAUAAAAGAUGGAAAGAAUUUGAUCGAACUGAAACUGUUAAAGAUAGCCUAAAUCCUUCCUUUGUGAAGUCUUUUGUGAUGGAUUAUCAUUUUGAGGAACUUCAAAAGUUAAAAUUUGAAGUGUAUGAUAGUGACUCAAAAUCAGCAAAGCUUGAUGAGCAUGAUUUUUUGGGCAAAUUGGAAGUAACUUUGGGCAGUAUCGUUGGGGAAUAUGCUGGAAAGGUCACAAAACAGCUUUUAGGUAGAAAGGAUGAAAAGUUAAAUUCCUCAAUCACGUUUGUUGCAGAAGAGUUAAAUAACAACAAGGAAGUGGUCAACUUACAGUUUAAAGGACGUAAACUGGAUAAAAAAGACUUUUUUGGUUCUUCUGACCCCUUUUUAACUUUUUAUCGGCAUGGAAUCGAGGGUGAAAAUUAUGUACCAGCUCAUAAAACUGAAGUUAUUAAGAACAAUUUAAAUCCGUGUUGGAAGUUAUUUUCAAUAUCAGUGACAACAUUAUGUAAUGGGGAUAAGCAUCGGCCUAUCCAAGUCGAGUGUUUUGAUUGGGAUUCUGAUGGAAGUCAUGAUCUAAUUGGAGAAUUCCAAACAACAUUACAUGAACUGCUUGGAGAAUCAGUAAAAUCUUAUGAACUUAUCAAUAAGAAAAAGAAAGCAAAGAAGAAAAGCUAUAAAAAUUCAGGUUUUAUCGAAUUGUGUCGUAUUGAGUUGAAGAAUGAACCAUCUUUUCUGGACUACAUAACAGGUGGUAUUGAAUUGUGUUUCCAUGUUGCGAUUGAUUUCACUGCUUCUAAUGGAAACCCUUUACAACCUACGUCUUUACACUUCAUGGAUAACAAUGCACCUAAUCAAUAUGUUCAAGCAUUAAUGAGUGUUGGUAAAAUAUGUGAAGAUUAUGAUUCCGAUAAACUUAUCCCCGCUUACGGCUUUGGUGCAAGAAUCCAAAAUCAGGUUUAUCACGAUUUUCAUUUAAACCAAUCAAAUAACACUACUUGCUAUGGUGUAGCUGGAGUUCUAGAUGCAUACCACAAAUUUUUACCAACAGCUGAAUUGUAUGGUCCUACCAAUUUCUCCCCAAUAAUUAACAGAGUUGCACGGGAUGCUAAAGAUCAGCAAAUUAUUGAGAAGUAUCACGUUCUUUUAAUCCUAACCGAUGGUGUUAUAAGUGAUAUGCAUCAAACUAUUGAUGCUGUGAUCAAUGCAUCAAGACAACCAAUGUCCAUCAUUAUUGUUGGUGUUGGCUCGGCUGAAUUUGAUGCCAUGGAUCAACUAGAUUCUGACAAUGGCAUGCUAAGUAACGGAGCUACUGUUGCUAAACGAGAUAUAGUUCAGUUUGUUCCUUACCGUAACUUUUCUGGUAGUUUUGCAAGUGAUAACUUAGCUAAAGAAGUUUUAUUUGAAGUACCCAGACAGUUGGUAUCUUUUAUGACACAGAAAGGCAUCAAGCCACGCCCUGGACAACGUAGCGGCCUCAUACACACUGCACAACAGGUUGUCACUAUGCCUGGUCAGCCAUACCCACAGCAAGGCUCAGCUCCUCCAUAUCCUACAGAAAAUAAUGCAAUAGGUGGUCAACCCCCCUAUCCAACAGGUGGUCAACCCCCCUAUCCAACAGGUGGUCAACCCCCAUAUCCAACAGGUAGUCAACCGCCCUAUCCUACACAGGGUGGAGCAAUACCUUAUCCUGUUGCUGGAAUGAGUAGCAUGAACAUAAACACAUCACAAAAGCGACAGGCACCAUUUGCACCAGGACAAGAACCGAAGCAGUUGUCAGCGAAAGAGGCUGCGCUGAUCACAUUGUCGAAAUAGCGCUCAUUAUUCUUGUAUCAUAAACUAAUUAUAUGUAUUUAAUUUUUUUUUCUUGAUAUUUUAUACUGAGAAUAUAUUUUAUAAUUUAA